AUGGGAGGUGAAAAAAAUAUUAAAGUUGAAAAUUCGCAAGAUGAUUUUCAAUCAUCAAAGAGCCUAAAUAACAAAAUUAUUGAUUGGAAUGGACUGGAAUGGUUUAAAAAUUCUCAUCCUUUUUGGUUUAAUGAUUUUUUAAAAUGGAUAUUGUUGAUCUUAUACGAACCAAAAGAUAGUCAAGAACAAGUUCAUAUUGAAAAAGGGUUAAAAGUUCUGAAAAGUGAGGUUGACGAAUUAUUAUUAUGUAAUGUUGGAAAUUGGCCGGAUAUUCAUAAAAUAAUUCCAGAAUUAUUUGAAAAGUGUAAUAAUUGGAGACUAUCUCACGAUGAACCUUUAAAAAAUUCGAUUAUAAAUGAGAUUGUCAAAAGACUCCGAUUGGAGCAACCUUUUGUCAAAACAUUGGUUGAUUAUUUAAUUCAACUUCAAGUUCCUCAACGUUCAGUAUUAAGGUUUAUGGUUCAUCAAAAUAUACAAGCUCGAGUUGCUUUUGCUAGAACUACUUUAAAACCUCAUCUGGAUACAUACGCAUCGAUGAGUUAUCAUUGUACAAACAAUCCUUAUUUUAAAAAAAUUCAAGUUGAAAAGGAAGAAAUCGAUAAAAAAUAUAAUGAAUUGACAAACAAGAAUGAAAAAUUAAAGUUAGACGAUGCUCAUACAAGAUCUUUAUUACAAGCAUUGGACGAAGAAAGCGAACAAGUUGAGAAUCAAUUAAGAGAACAAAGUAACCAACUAAAAAAAUAUAAAGAAAAAGUCAAUAAAUUAAAAGAACAAAAUUCUCGACUUUCCGAAGAAAUGAAUCAAUUAAGAGAUGAUUUUAACAGUGAAAUUCAACAAUCAUUUGAAAAACAAGAAUCGUUUAAACAUGAAACCGAAAAGGCCAAAAAAGAGGUGUUAUUUUUACAGUCAGCACUUGGAGACGCGACAAAUAUUCGCAUUAGCGAUAAAUCUUUAAAUGGACCUCUUCAAAUAAUAAAGGAUAUUGACAAAUUUAAACAGUUGUUAGAAGAUUUUUCUAAAACUAAAGGAUCAUCGGUAGAAAUAAAUGAAUCUGGGGCAAGAGAUUUACUUUUAUCUUAUAAUGUUAACAUUAAUAACAUGGAAUCCAGGGAAUUGAAAAGGAUUUUAACAUCAGUUUUAGAACGUUUAAUAUGUCAAGAAGUUUUUUCCGCGGCAGCAGAAAUCAGUAAAGUCAAUGUCGAGGAUGAGGAAUCGUCUACUGAUUAUCAUCUAGAAUCAUCGAUUAUUUACCAUACUAACGCUUUAAUCAGAGACACCACUAAUUUAUCCCAAAAACGAGACGGAAAUGAUUAUGUUGCCAAAAUAACACCUAUUAAAAUUCGACAACAGGUCUACGAAGCACUCUCUCUACGUGCCUUCAAUUUAGCUGAUGUUGAGCAUCCUUAUAUCACUGAAACCGUGGAUAAACUUGUUAAAGAAGUAAAUAAAUAUCGUAAAAUUUUGGACGAGAAAAGAAAGAAUAAUGUUAGAAAAUCUGCUGAAGAGUUGGUACGUUUUGGCUUUAAAUUGUGGUUUGGAUUACAAGCUCAAGAGCCUACUCCAAAAGUUAAAUUCAACAAGCCGGGAGGUUCAAUUAAGCCACAUUUAAUGCAAGGUGCCUGGGACAAAGAAGAAAUACAAAAUUAUGAAGUAGAACUUUGUUAUUUUCCUUCUAUAGUUUCAAAAAUAGGCGACCAAUUACAAAUUUAUAACAAGUCUGAAGUAUUAAUUAGACCCAAGUCCAAGUCGAACAAAACAUUCAACAAGCUUAAAAGUAUUAUCCUUCGUUGA